AUCUGCUGUUGCCGUCUUCCUCAUCGUUUUUUUUCUCCAGUGGAUGUCUCAGCAACAAACAGCAGCCAAGCCUUCGCUCCAGGGCGUACGCAUCAAAGCUAGAAAGGGCGCCGUAAAGGCGCAUGCAAAGCACGAACCCACAAUCUUCAGAGACCAGCUCUAUAAACAUCUCGAAGCAGUCCCCCCUGGCGACUUUGAAGUUGUCACCAGCAAACUAGUCCAAGCAGGCUCCACUCUUGAAUUCCUCAAAUAUGCAGACGCACUUUUCGACAUCCUCAUCGUGGGCGGCCUCCUCCAGCCAGGUGGCCAGUACCUCGACGAGGAAGGCCCCAGUUCCCCAUUCUCCGUCUUCCAGGCAAAGGAACCGCCCGAGUUAGAUGACAUCAGGAAGUAUGUUGAGGUCUUCAAUAAGCUCAUCAGGAGGUACAAAUACCUUCAAAAGCCAUUGGAGACUUCGGUACUCCCUACCCUCUUGCAAUACGUGAACAAAUGGGAUCAGAUUCAAACGACAAAGUUCGCCAUGUGCACGGGCCUCCUCAUCGCCCAGAACCUAGCCAAUGCAUCCUGCCUCUUGAGCUUGACAAGGGAGCACCUCGUCAAGAAUGACCACGCCAUCUUCGUCCUUGCGCAGAUCUUCCGCGCCUACCUCGCCGAGGCGUCCAUGGAGCACCUGUCCACCGCCCUCAAGAAAGCCAACAUCAAAGAUCUGUCUCUCUUCUUCCCGCCCAACAAGCGGGACAACAAGAGUCUCGAAGAAUUCUUCCGCAAGGAACAGAUCCCGCAAGUCGCGGAGUGGUGGACCAAGAGGCAGAACGCGCUCAUCAAGGAGGAGAUCACUAAGAUCGUGCAUGAUAUGCUUGAUCACGAGGAUACGCCGGACAACAUCGUCAACGCGGUGAAGACCACGGUCGAGGAGAGGCCUCUCGCCGAGUCUGAAGUCAUCGCCUGCCUCUGGCAAGGACUCAUGUCUGCCGUCGACUGGAGCGCCCGCGCAGACCAGAUCGAAGGCUUGGCCCUCCGUGAAGUUACCAAAUAUGCUCCGAUUCUCGAGCCGUUCUGCAACGGUCCCAAGACGGAGGUGUCGCUGAUCAACAGCGUGCAAGUGUAUUGUUACGAAGAUACGCGCAUCAUGAAGGCGUUCCCGCAGAUUCUCAAGGUGUUGUAUAACAAAGACUGUAUUUCAGACCAAGCCAUCAUUUACUGGCACCAGAAGGGCUCGAAGCCGCAGGGCAGGCAGCAUUUCCUCAAGAGCACCGAGACGCUCGUCAAGUUCCUCCAAGAGCAGGAAGAGGAGAGCGACGAGGAGGAAGCGUAGAAUUGUCGAGAUUUGAAUGUAACGGUUAUGAUGUCUUGUUUUGUGGGAUAGUUAUUUUCUUCGUCUCUCAUUUUAUUUUUCCGUCUGGUUCUGGUCUGUCAAUCAGCGCUCAAACAAUGAAUAC